GUCAUGACAUAAAUCUACAGCAGACACAGACCCACGAAACGUGAACGACAAACCCAACCACGAGAUGUCAGAACCAGCCCCAGCAGAAGAGACGCCGGCACAGAAGCAGGCGCGGCUCCGUCGUGAACGCCGAAAUGCAAAGAUCCAAGCCGGCGGCUCCGCCCGACUAGCUGCGAUCAUGAAUUCGAGCGGUCGCCAGCACGCCGCCGAAGCAGAGACAGCUCGCCCGGCAGCACAACUUCCGCAGUCGAGCCCAGCUCCUGUUGGCGGCACGGCGACGCCCGACCCUGACAUUGUGGAUAUAUCAGAGCAUCACUAUCAGCCCAGGACAACGAAUAGAUCACCCGGGCCAAGAUUCGAAUCUGGCCCGCAAGCUCAGCAAAUGCCUCCUGCAGACGACCCUAUGAUGGCCAUGCUGCAGCAAAUGAUGGCCGGCGCUGGCGAGCAGAACCGUGACCCCAACGCGCAGAUACCUCCCGGUCUUGCGAGUCUUUUCGGCGCACUUGGGCAGGAACAAGAGGCAGCACAACAGCCGCCAACUAGCUCUGCUUACGUGUGGCGGAUUCUGCACUUCGUCAUCUCUCUUUUCCUAGCUUUGUAUGUCACGCUCAACACCACGUUCACGGGCUCCAAGCGUGCUCGUGAGCUUUCCAGCCUAACAUACACCGCACCACUGUCUUUGGAGCGAAACUUCAGCACGCAGUUGUUCUAUCUGUUCGCGACGGCGGAAGUUGUCCUGCAAUCAUCGCGAUACUUUAUCGAGAAGGGUCGCUUGACACAGAGUGGGAUCAUGGGAACAUUAAGCCAGGUGCUUCCAGAGCCUUGGGCGGGUUACGUGAGGGUUGUAGGCAGAUACAGCGUUAUAUAUACGACCGUGGUAGCAGAUGCCAUGGUUGUGGUGUUCGUGUUGGGCGUCAUGGCUUGGUGGAAGAACGGAGCGUCUGCUGAACUAGAAGCGUGAUCCGACAAGUGGGCAGACUUGCAGAGCACAUGUCGAUGCCAUGAAGUAUUAAUCCCUAUGAUAUCUAUGCCC